CCGGGGCGACGGCGCCCGAAAGGCCUCCACGGCGACGUGUGUGUGUGUGCGCUGGCUGGCUGGGGCGAUGUGCGUCGAUCACCCGGCUGUAUCGAUAGAGCGGAGGGCGAGGAGGAUUGACCAGGCUGUAUUGAUGGGAAAGAUCACCGCUGCCGAAUACGCCGUCGGCGGAAGAAACAUCGGCAGCGAUACGAACGAAAUCGUUGGCGGUCUGCUGCCUGGGUGCUUGUCCGGGCUAUCUAGUUGCCGGCGAUGCUGCACCAGACCGCCUCAGAGCGGCAGAUGCGAGGCGAUCCAUCGCAAGACAAGAGUUUGCCCAUUCCACAGGAUCGAUGCGGCAUCGACGAGUAUCCAUGUUACGGCGACCACCCCGGCGACUUGCGCCAGUCGCCGUUUCUGUCGUCGCCAGGACUCGUGCCGCUGGAUUUUGGCUUUCAUCUCGUCGACCUUGGCCUUGAUGACCUGGUCCUUGGCGCUUGACUCGGAUGCUGCGGCUCCUGUUCUCUUUGACGCUGUGGUGUGUACCAUUCCACCGUCCUGAGCUGGCUGUGUGUGCGGGCGAUGCGCCUUGGAUGGAUCAAGUUGAAGCAAGGGCAA